CUUUGGAAACAUCCCUCCUUGGAAACGCCGUAGUUGUUCCGGAGAAGUUGAAGCCGACUAUGGAGGGGUUAAGGAGAUUCACCAACCAGACCAACACAAAAUGAAUCAGUAUACUAAUAGCACAGCAUCACAUGCUCACAAAAAAACCUCACUAUCAAAGCAACGCCGUCACAUAGCUAAUUGUGUAGCUAUAAUUAUCCAAAGACUUUACUUUAUCUUACCACGAGAGUGAGCAAAAGUGUACUUCCCCGCAUUAUCUAUCGCAGGCAAGCACGAUUCAAAUUGCGUUCAAAUUGAUUAUACAUUAAGCUACCCGUGAGCAAACAUACAAACAUCUUUAUCUCGAGCCAAAUAGGCUGCGGGAAAAGCAGCGUGGGUGAUUUAUACUAGCGCCAUCUAUUGAGCAGUAGCUGAAAGUUACUGUCAGCUGAGCUGUUGCUGGCCCCGUCUCUUCUUAUCAAAUAGCAGCAACAGCAGCAGCACAGGGCACAGAGUGACGAAGCAAUUAGCCCGUUUAACAGCGUACCUCCGGCUUUAACCCUAUCACCUACAUGAAACAAUGCCAAUUACCCACCAAUUUCACACGAGUUUACCAUUCAGCUCACCGUUCGGAGAGUAGUGCAGUGCUCUCGGCUUAUUAGUCAUUAAUUAAACCUAGACUUUAAACAGCAACUGCAACCCGCUUGCGUACCAAGUGUCCGGCGCUAUCAUUGUGUGAGGAAGAGUAUGCUUUGGACCUGGUGCCACGUUAUCAUCGUAUGGUACGAUAAAAUAAAGAUAUCAGAAGCCUACGUAUUUUAAACGCUCAGUUACAAUAGUAUGUGAGAACAGAUGUCCUAGCUCACCACAUCUCCAGCGCGGUGCUAAAUGAGUGUGGACGCGAUAACAUGCUUCCCCUUGCGCUAGGGGGAUCGUAUCGAAACCUUGGUCGCGGACCUCCAUCAGAUAGACAACGGAGGUUUUGUGCGCUCAGAUACCAUUUUUCCGUGCAGGUGAGAAGAACUGCGUCCGUUUUGUCCGACAUCUUGCACGCUCGCGGCAACGGUGUUUGCGAAGAGUUCGGCGUAGUUCGGUGUACGAUUGGGGCAAUGUGCCAAGGGCACACGGGCAGUGACAAUCGCAGGGCGGGACAAUCGUCAUCAACAUGAGUGCACGGUACGGUACGAUUAGUGGAAUGCUGGGCCUCGUGGAGCCCGCCGAAAGCUCAGCAGCAUCCUCGAUGGAGAAGAUUGAAGUGCUUCCGGAACCUGCAAGAAGAACGCGCAAAAGAGAUAGCCUUCGAAAGAUUAGCGUACGCCAUCUGGUGAGCAAGCUGGAAACCCGCGCAGCAGAAACGUUGGAGCGCAAUUUCGGGGGUCGAUUUUCGGGCCGCAUUCGGAAGGGAAAGCUUGAAGAUGAGGCGACACCGGGCGCUACAUCCAGUUCCAGCGGUGGCGUGCCAGUGCCAGAUCAGCCUUCUAGCUCAAGCGCCCGCACCUGGUAUAUGGUGCCGCUUUCCGCACAAAAAAGCUCUUCCAACCAGUCCGCGGACUGCUCGGCUGCGGCAUCGUCUCUCUCGCUCAGCUCCAGCAUGGCUACGGACGACAACAACAGUGACAACAGCGAUGACACCGACGUCCAGUGGGCCGUUAUCGGGCGCGAUAAGAUAAGCGCCGAUACGGCAGAAUUUAGCCAACGUUUGUCGACUGAAGAGGCCGGUAUGAAGAAGACACCUGGCACCCCUACCGUAGAUCGGGAAGAUUCUGGUCGGUGGAGCAUCUGUUCUGACUUUGAGAGGGACUCUCUACCGGACGUGGACGAUGUGUGUGAUACGUGGAACGAGUUCAUCUACUUGCGGCUUUCGGAGGAAAAUGCCAAGCAUCUAAACUCUUACAGUCCGGACUUUGAAGUGACACCGUUCGAUGAGUACUAUCAACCGGCAGAGGCGUCCAACACAAUCAUCUCGUUGCGUUUCACACCAUACGAGCUGCAUCGGAUACUGCACGGAUACGAUCUGAACGACCUAAGCAACGACGGCGAAGAUGAUCAUGAUGAUGAUGUUCAAUCCCACACCUCCCAUUCUUCGACCGACUCCGAUAGCGUGUUUGUGGAUGCAUUUGUACAACAUCCCACCGACGCAUGCAUCACCCCUUCGGUCGAUUCCCUCGACGAAGGUGUCGCAUUCCGAGACAGCCCGGUCGAGUCACCGGAACCGCACCAUCUUCCCAAUGAUAUUGACAUUAAAAUCUCGUUCCUCAUCGAAGAGCUGCUCGACACGGAGCGGAACUAUAUCAACACGCUCGAGAAGGGUAUCGCCACCUACAUAGAUGCCGUGUUUACCGACCAAACACCACCCGAACUGUGCGGCAAGAAGUAUCACCUGUUCGGCAACCUGCAGUACAUCUAUCGGUUCCAUCGAAAUGCCUUUCUACCGCGGCUGCUGACGGCGGGCAACGAUGUGGAGCUGAUUGCAGACGCAUUCGUGCACUUUCUCGACAACGACAGCUUUUACGGCUACGUACUGUACUCCAUGUACCAUCCGAAGUCGCAGCGGCUGUGCGAGCAGCAUAUUGAGUUCUUUCGCCAGCAUCAGCAACAGCACGGCGAUAAGCUGGGGGUGAAAAGUUUGAUACUGCAGCCGAUACAGCGGCUGCCCCGGUACCAGCUGCUGCUGACGAGCCUGUUCAAGCAGCUGGUAAAGAAGCCGGGUGCGAUCAGCAGGAACACGCAGCUGCACAAGGUUUGCGUGGCGGAGAAGCGGCUGCAGACGCUGAUCGGGAUCAUGAACGAGUCGGUUACGGUCAACGAUAUUCUGCAGUGUGAAAAGGCUGAAGAUGAUGAGGUUGAGUUGGGCUUCGGUGUUCCCAAGCCAGCCAUCGUACUCAGGAACCAAAAUCACGACAAUCAGGUACUAUUCCUGUAUCCCAAGGACAACGAACAUGUGGAUCACAAUAAACCGAUCAACAUUCUUCACCAGGGCAAGUUCCGCAGUGUCUUUCCCGUGUUCAUCAACGAUCUCCGCCUGAAGCGCCAAUACCAGGGCCGUCUGUUUGUGUUCGAGCGUUGCGUGAUCUACACCGAACAGCUCGACCUCAAAUCUCUCACGUACCGUGGCCACUACACGCACCAGGAAGUGGAGUUCGACUUUACCAACCGACAGAUCUUGAAACUUUCCUCCCGCCGCCACGAACGGCUAGAGAUUGAGGUGAAGGUUAACAUACAGAGUCCGGGCAAAACGCACCUGCCGGACGUAAUGAUGGCGAUCAAGACGAUCAUCGAUCGAAGAGAUCAGCGUGAAAGCUUCGCAUUCGAUGGCGCUGCCGGUGAGGCGCUGGCAAUGCUGCGCGACACAUUCUCACGCCGCAAUUCCAGCUUCCGCAGCAGUUUCUCCAGCACUACGAGCGAUUCGAGCUUUCUGAGCGUGUUCAGCAGUCCGGCAGCAGCGGCCGCAGCGGAAGAGGACUCGACCGCUGCCGGCUCAGCGCACCGCGCAGGCAGUGUCCUGUCGGAGUGUGGGUCGAUCGAGACGAUGCUACACUUUCAGCAGCACUUCGAGCGUGCGCUGGACGAGUGUACGAAUCUUUACAUCCGCACGCUGCCGGAAGAUGUGGCCGGCCAGCUGGAAGAGAUGGUGGAGAUACUGGACGAGAUGUUGCGCAUUCAGCGCGCGAUCAAUCGGCGCCUGUUUGAGCAGGAGUUUGAGCGGCUCAGCUACGACAGUGAUCUGCAGUACCUUUGCUGCGUGUUUCGGGACUGCUUCCGGCGCAGCGAGUUCGACGUGUUUCUGCGCUACGUCGAGCAUGUGAAGACGGUGGAGUCGAUGCUGAUGAGCUUCGAGCAGUAUUCGAGCAGUCAGCAGAAGGGUGAUGGUGGUGGUGCUAGUGGGUCGACACUCACGAUCGAUGCCUUUCUCUAUCUGCCGAUCAAGUACGUGAACCGGUGUCAUCAGUUUUUCAGUGUUGCGUGGGCUCAGCGAGAGGAAGACCGGACAGACUGUUCCGAGUUUAAGACGGUCGAGCUGCGGUACGUGCACGAGCAGAUGGCACUGGUGCAGCGGCGGGUCAAUGAAAACUAUCAGAUCCGUCAGCUGAUUAUGGAUGUGCAGUUUCUGAACGAGAUUGGACUGGUGAAGCACUCCGAGAUCGUAAAGCUGGAGGGAUCGUAUGCACUGUUCCGUUUGCUACUCACCAAAACAGGACUGCUCUGCAUGAAGAUCAAUGCUGAACAGCAUAAGGUGGAAACGUACAGCAGUGUCACCUUCUACUGUCCGUACACGAAGGUCUCGGCGCGUACGAGUAAGCGUAGCGGCACCGUCUGGUACGUCUACUUGGACAGUCGAAAAACGACACUGAUCUUCCCGUCCCGGCACCUGCGCUACCUCACGAUCGAGCAGUUCAACACGCUCUCCACCCAGAUGAAGCAGAAAGAGCGGGAAAAGCGACGAUCGUUCUUCUACGUCACCGAAGUGAACUGUGAGACGUGUAACGAAGCCAACCGCCCCCCGAAGUUUGCGCAACAUAUCAGCGUGGGUGGGUGGGAAAACAAAAUGAGCAGCCAUGGUGGUGGUGGUAGUAGUACCAACAACGAAGACGACGUUGAGGAGGCAAUCCAUCAGUCGUACGCCCGGCCGAAGAAGCAGUCGACGCACUUGAAGCCCGCUGGUGAUCGCGUUUCGUGUGACAGCGGUAUCUCGCUGGAGGAUCCGGCGUUAAUCCACACCCCGGCCAACCAACCCCCUCCCAGCACGCUAGUGCGCCGCCCGAAGGGUAAUGGUGGUGCCGCAUCGUACGUACGGCGGCUAACGCAACUGUUCGAGAACCUAACGCACGACGAGCUGCGCCAGGAACAGGAACGACAAGAGCAACAGUGUACCAUGGGCACCUUAGCACCGCCGGGCGUGCUCCAGCAGGUAACGGAGGAGUCAACCACACCGGAAGUGACCGAAGACCGCCCGACAGCGCCACCCCUCCUCCAGCUCCGUGCAGCAGUUCCGUGUCAAGUGCCGAUCGUGGUGGAAAGUGUGGUGGAAAGUGAAAAUUGCCCCGCCGCGAGUGAAGCGUCGAACGAUGCGGAAAUUGCACAAGACGCAUUAGCGCCGCUGCUGCCGGCCCGUUCGCGCAGGUCCAAUUUGGAGGCCAGCGCGGAAGAUCGCGUUAUGGCGAUGAGUGUGCGUGCGAGUGGUGGUGCGGCAGUGGGCAAGAAACGGCUCAGCCGACGACGUCAAACGUUGCAGGGUGCCGUUGGUGGUGGUGGUGGUGCAGGAGCGAGGGCGCUCGGUUACACUACGCCCGAGCAGAGUGAUAAGACGGAUGGGGAACAGUGCUACGACUACAUGUACGAUGACGAUGAGUUCGAUACCAGUGAUGAAGAUGAGGAAGAGGAGAGAGAACAGGCACCAGCAGUGCACCACCCGGACAGGGCCAUUGCGGGAAGUGAGGGCGAAUUCGGCGAAGGCCCGACAGUGCCGGACGAGAUUUCGGAGGCUCACAACAUGCUCGUCCCGGGCGUAGUGGAUCGGGGCACGCCGCACUACGAAGAGCACGACGAGUUUAGCAGCAGUUCGUUCGACAGUGACUCGGAAGAUGGGGAACCGUUCGCGGUGCGGCCAGAUUCGAACAGUUCACUCAAAACAGCUCGCGUAUCAAGCAUUCUACAGGAGCUGUUGGCAAACGAGGCGAACUACGUGCAAACGCUUGGCCGCGGGAUCGAAAACUAUGUCAGCAUAAUGGCGGGGAAACACCUUCCCCCGGGACUGCGGGGCCAGAAGUAUCACAUCUUUGGAAAUAUUGAAAAGAUUCAUAACCUUCACCAGAACCAGUUUCUGCCGAUGCUGGAGAGCAAUCGGGCUAGCAUAGCUGGCAUUGCGGAAACGUUCAUCUGGUUCCUGGAGAAUGACAAGUUCUACUGCUACAUCAUGUUUGCGCUGAACCGUCCCAAGUCGGAGCGAAUAUGCAACAAGAACUUGGACUUCUUUCAGCGUCGCCAACAAGAGGUGGACGACAAGCUCGGCCUGAACAGUUUCCUGCUGCAGCCAAUCCAGCGGCUGCCCCGCUACAAACUCCUGCUAGCCGAGAUUAACAAGGAGAUCCUGAAGCAGCUCGAGGACACACUGCUGGAAUCGGUCAAGGACGAGAUCGGUAUCCUGUGCAAGGCGGAGAAGCGGCUCGAGCGCUUCAUCGACAUCGUAAACGAGGCGAUGAGCAUCAACGACAUCCAAGAGUGUUAUGAGGCCCCUACCAGCGUCCAGAUGGAGCUCAUGAAUCAGUGCCUUGCGAUCUCCGAUCUCUUCAGCAGUCCGUUGCACGCACCGAUGGUGCUGAUACUGCGUCCCCAUCAGGAUCACAAUCCCUCGAAACGAGAACCUAUUAACCUGUUUAGUCAGGGCAAGUUCCGGAAGAUGUUUGAGGUUGACAUCUACGAUUGGGACCAUCGGCGGCGCUAUCCGGCGAAGCUGUUCCUGUUCGAACGGAGCGCCAUCUAUGCGGAGAAGGUCAAAACCCAUCUCGAGUACCGCGGCCGGUACGACGAGUCGGAGAUCGGCAUGCACAACGAGAACCGCAACAAGGUGUAUCUGUACGCGAGAAAGCGUGGCAUACAGGAGAUCGAGGUGACUUGCGGCGACAUGAACGAGGCGCAGCGUCUGUCCACACACGUCGAGAAGAUGAUGUGCGAGUUUGCGGUGAACGAGCGUGACCGCAUCAACACGAUGGUGCGCCCCCGGAUACCGAGCGUGAUGACGAUCAAUCGACGCAGCGUUACCAGCAUGAUGUCCGGCACAGGUCCUGUGAAUAGUAUGCGAGAAAGCUACGAAUCCACCUCACAAACCACCUGGAGCACCGAUAAACCGAUCGCACAGCUUGCAAUUAUGCAGAAGAACUUUUGUCGAAUAUUGGCCGCUAACCGGCGCUACUACUUCCACGAUCUGCCGCAAGAGAUCGCCUCCCGUGUGGCGGAGUUUAUGCGCGUGUACGAUCGCAUACUGCAUUUCCACACCAAGCGCUUGUACGAGGAUUUGUCACGAGCCGACAUUGGGAUCGAUGAGGUGUGCGAGAUGUUCAUUGGAUAUUUUAAGGAAGGUGUGUUUGAUGUCUACAAUGAAUAUAUAAGACUGUUCAAACCAGCAGCAGAGAUUUUGAAAAAUGUCCACAAAGCAACGCGCUCCAGCAUUACCGACAGCAUGGUCGCACCGACGAUGGAUGAGUUUACCUUCCUGAGCGUGCAGCACUGGAACAAGCUGGAACACUUCUUCCAGGCCCUGGUCGUGCAGCUGUCCGAGCAGCUCAACUCGGGCCACAUGGAGCAUCAGGACCUGUUUCGGAAGCUGGCCUACGUAGAGGUGCAGGUUGCCGGCUUCCGCAAGCUGCUCUUCCAAAACUAUCGGCUCUUCAACAUGGACGAGAAGAUAUCGCCUGCCAAGCUCGGUCUGGUGCUGUACUCCGACCGGGUGCGGUAUGACAACGAAACGAUCAGCUCCCACCGGGUGCUGCUCUGUGACCGUGCGGUCGUCUGUGUUAAAUUCCAUUUCGUACGGGAAUUUGGACGCCAAACGGAAAAGUACACCGGGUUUGCUUUUAUCGACCGUUUCGGGCGCGAUGGACCGAAGAUGCCCAACGUGCGGAUUAGCAAAAAGUCCGAGGUGCGCCUGAACGUGGUCCAGAACGAAGCCAAACAUCCGAUUGACUUUGGCAAUACGGCCAACCGGGACAAGUUCUACGGACAGUACUGUACGGUGUUUGCCCGGCACUCGUAGAACGGAAAUUGGUUUUAGUAUAGCCUGUAGCGUAUAACCUCUCCUUUGUACCCCAAAACAAACUCGUAAUAAAUUCCCCGUGUUAGCAGUCUUU